AGAGUAGAUCUGUUCCAGGGAUUGGAGAGGGGUACCAGUGAUCUUAGAUGCAGUCCUGAUGAUCCGCUGCAGAUCUUUCCUCUCCUCUGAGGUGCAGCUGGAGAACCACACUAUGCAUCCAUAGCUCAAACACUUUGUAUGGUGCACUGGUAGAAGUUGGUGAGGAGCUUCCAGUUUUCCUCAGGGAUUGCAGGAAGAAGAGUCUUUGCUGGACCGCCUUCACCACCUCUCUGGUGUUCACUUCCCAUGUCAGGUCCUCUGAGCAGUGAACACCGAGGCAAAGGCAAUGGCUCGCGGGCAGCAGAAGAUUCAGUCACAGCAGAAGAACGCCAAAAAGGCAGCAGAGAAGAAAAAGUCACAGGGAGCAGAUCAGAAAACAGCUGCUAAAGCAGCACUCAUCCACACAUGUCCUGUCUGCAGGACACAGAUGCCAGACCCCAAGACUUUCAAGCAGCAUUUUGAGAGUAAACACCCUAAGUCUCCUAUGCCCCCUGAGCUGGUAGAUGUGCAGGCGUAAACGACACUCAGAGCUACCAGUAUCUGCAUCUAGAACCCUGGGGAGAAAUCAUGAGAUUCAGCUUGGCCAACUGAUUCAACUCCUAGAAACAGACUCUUGAUUUGAUGUGACAGGAGACUUAAUGAUGGACUAAAGCACACCAGCACCCUUUGAUUUUAUAUUUUUAUAUGUAUUACCCUUCAUUUGGGCAUACCAUCAGUUUAGUGUGCCGUAACAGCCUCGUUAUUGCCUUCUGUCAAAACUGCCAGUGUUUAUCCACCGAUUAAUAUUUUUCCCCCUCUCUUAUUGUGCAUUUUCACUUUAAAAUUCAUAUUAUUCCAGAUGCAUAAGCGUUCUUUGGUGCAUACAACUCAGUAAUGCUCUGUAAACAUGAGCCAUAAUAGGAAUUGCUUCACUGUGUGAAUUAACAAUAUUGGCCAGGAUUGUGAUUGGAUUAGAUGAAAAGCUCACCAAAUGCUCUUGUAAAGUACUUUGGGUGUUGAAUAGAGCCUCUGAAAUUGCUUGUGUGCUUAAUUUUCAAUUUUUUGCUAAGGUUUUCAAUAAAUGUGUAAGCAUAUUAUAA